UAGCUAUAGGUAUAGGUUUUUUUGUCAUUCAGUGAGUGCCAGAGGGGUGUAGAGUCUUGUGUCAGUUUUCUAUUUACUUAUUGAAAUAUCAUAUUUUUUAGUUUGCGUCGCCCAGCCGAUAAUCUUUUAUAAUUUGGAAGUGAACAGCCAACACAACUACACCAAUGAACGUGUCAGGGAUUCGAAGGAACAUCAAAAAUAUUGCUCACAAUUACACUGAUGCACAGGUCAAGGUGCGAGAAGCAACCAGCAACGAUCCAUGGGGUCCUCCAAGUUCACUAAUGUCCGAAAUCUCGGACUUGACCUACAAUGUCGUGGCCUUCUCUGAGAUCAUGCAGAUGAUCUGGAAAAGAUUAAACGAUCACGGCAAAAACUACCGUCACGUCUAUAAAGCCCUGGUGCUUUUAGACUAUUUAGUCAAAACGGGCAACGAAAAAGUGGCGCAGCAGUGCAAAGAAAACAUCUUUGCAAUUCACACACUAAGGGAUUUUCAAUACUAUGAGGAGGGCAAAGACCAAGGAAUUCAUGUGCGAGAAAAGUCCAAGGCGCUGGAAGCCCUACUUAAAGACGAUGAACGUUUAAAGAACGAACGGAUCAAGGCCCUAAAAGCUCGCGAACGCUUUGCUCAGCAGACCACCGGUUUCGGCACCGGUUCCGAUUCAAAUUUUAUGGGAUCGCCUUCGGAAAGUUUCGGAUCGGAUCCAACCGGAUUAGCUUCAAGAGCAAGGCCGGCUGUGGCCCCAACGGAUUUGGACCUGGCCCGUCCUCAGACGGCCGGCGAAGAAGAAUUGCAAUUGCAAUUGGCUUUGGCCAUGUCGCGAGAGGAGGCUGAAAAGGAGGAAGAAAAAAGACGCUCCGACGAUGUCCGCCUGGCCUUGGCCAUCUCGCAGAGCCAAGAAGCUGGUGUUGGGAGCCGUCCAUUGCAGCCAGGAGCGCAGCAACAGCAGCAAAGUCACCUGCUUGAUUUGUUGGACGUCAGUGUCAACGAUGCUGCGGCCGGAUGGGUCGAUCCCUGGGGUACUCCAGCCCAUCCAUCCGAACCCCCGGUUCCCGUCAUGCCACCAAGGCCCAAGAGUUUGGAUCUUCACGACUACUGGCAUGCUAAUUCAAUGGUGAAAUCGGAUUUCCUGACGCCAGCAGGAGGGGCGGCAACUGUCGGAGCGACGGCAACGACGGAUGCCUGGGGCAUGCCCGUAGCAGCUGCUUCUCCUUCCCAGGUUGAUGCAUGGGGUAGUCCAGUUGCGCAGGCUGCCAGGCCAGCAGCGCCAGCAGCAGCCACUAGCGCUAAUUUGGGCCAGAUGGUGAACGAUCCGUGGGCACCAACGCCGUCGAAACCAACAGGAGAAGAUCCGUGGAGCCCGCAACCGCCCGUCCGUACGGCCGCUUCGGCCAACGACCCAUGGUCACCCGCCGGAGCUGCCGCCGAAGUGGACGACUUUGACCUGUUGACCAACCGCGCUCAAGCGGCCUCGCCGAUGGGCCGCUCCAACGGAGCUGGUUCUCCAUUCGAUUUGACCGGAAUGGAAAGCGCCCUGACGGCCGGCGAUAACUCGUCGGGCGGAGCUAAACCCAAAAAAUCGCCUGAAAGCUUCCUUGGUCCUAAUUCCAAUUUAGUAAACCUGGAAAACUUGGUAAAGUCUUAUCACGUGCCGACUAAGCCCGUCGUGGCUCCUGCCGCUAACCCAUUUGCUCUAGGAGUCGCCGGCCAACCGAAUCCGUUCCAACAGCAACCCGCCCCGCGACCUAGCAUCAACGAGCUGCGUCACCAGCAGAAUUUUGGCGUUUUGGGCGCUCCGCAACAACAACAAGUGGCGAUGAAUGCGCCGCAACAGCUCCAACAAUUGCAGCCCAUGACCGGCGUGCUCCAACCAGCGCCCGCUGCCGGUGUAUGGGGCCCUUCACCUCCCAUGAUGCAGUCUGGUUCGGGCGUUACGUCGCCCACCUUCAACCCAUUCCUCGCCUGAAAAUAACAAAACCUAUACAAUAGAACAUCACUAAGAUAAUGGAUUACAAAAAAAAAGAGGAUUUAGAUGGGGAAAAAAAAAGGAAUGAUACGGCAGGAAAUUCAAAAAACAAUACUUUGAUCAUACACAUCAAAUGGACAAAACAUCAAGAGAUAAAAACAAACAGCUAAAAAUUUAAUCUUUAUUUCUAUUUGAUUUCGAUUGAAUUUUUUUUUUUUUCAUUUGAUUCAUUUGUUUUUCUUCGAAAUCCAAAAUUGAAUUAAAAAGAGAGAACGCUCCUCUCAAGCAUCCUGUAAUGAUUUUUUUUUCACACAUCCUCUCCACUUUAGUUUAUUUUGAUUUUUGCUUUAUAAUUUACACACCUUGUUUAUUUUUUUCUUUUGGUCCCCACUUGUCUUCACAAUGGAUUCAACCAGCGAAUAUUAUAUGUUAACCGCUGUCUUGUUUGUCGUUGAUUUCUUUUUUUUUUCCUCCGUUUUUCCUUUUUUUUUUGGGGGUUUGAAGAGCCUAAUCUUUUACCAUCUUUUUUAAUUUAUACGUGUACAAGCCGUGUGGUAAAGGUAAAAAAAAAACACCCUGUCCCUGAAACCCCACCUACCAAAGUAGUUUAUUUUGCCACCCGUCUUCUUCAUUUCUAUCUCUACAUAGUGUCUUUCCUCGUAUAUUUUACGUCCGUCUUCUCUUUCUCGUCUUUACAUAUUUGGAGGAAAAAGAAAAAGAAAAAAAAACAUUUUUUUUUUUUAAAUAUUACUGUACGUGUUGGCAGUUAUCACAAGUAACCCGUAUCUUUGUGACUGCAGUUUAUUGAGUGCCUCGGAUACAAAGUAUGAAAAUGAUAAAAAAAGAAAAUUCAGAUGAAAGAAAGAGAAGAAAAAGAUAAUCUGUACACGGUCUGCUCGUUUGGUUAACACAGUCCAUGCCUUAUGACACGGGAAAAAAAAAAACAAUUAUAAGAAUCCCCCCCCCCCCCCCCACUUUAUCUUUUAAAUUUUACAGUCGUUAAAUUCUUCAUUUUUCUUUUGUGUUAUUCACAACCUUGUAAUGAAUGAAUUAUUUAACCCCAUUUUCUUUCCUUUCUUGUUUAGAAUAGGAAAUAACACUAAAAGCUAAUGAGGGACUAGAUGUUAAAGAAUGGGAAAAAAAUGCAUUUCUUGAUUUGUAUUGUUACCGUUUUUUUUUUUCUUUUCUGUUUCGUAUUUUUUGGCGGAUACGGAACUGUUUUCUUGGGUUUGCAAAAAAAAGAAAAAGUAAAGUAGAAUAACACGCGAAGCACGACACAGAUCGUGAUCUCCAAUCCCGAGACAUUUUCUUUUUUAUGCAAAUGUUUUUUUUUUUUGGUUGGGAAGGGGGUUCAUCAAUUAGUUUGUGAAAACUUAUUAUCGUAUAAAAAAAAAGUUAAUGUGUACAUAUACACUUUUAUCUUUCCCCCAUUUUAUUUUACACUUUUAUGAUACCUUAUCUAUCUGGCCUACCCACACAUGAAAAGAUCUUGUUUCCCUUCCUCCCGCCGGUACAACCUCCCACCAACCAUGCAUCAUAAAUAUAAUAAACUGUUCGUUAUCUCCGU